AGAUGCCUGAAAGGAGACUUGAAGAUGUCCAACGGACACUUGGAGAUGCCCAAAAGGACACUUAGAGAUGCCCAAAGGUCACUUGGAUAUGCCCGAAAGGACACUUAGAGAUGCCCAAAGGACACUUGGAGACGCCCAAAAGGACACUUGGAGAUGCCCGAAAGGACACUUGGAGACGCCCAAAAGGACACUUGGAGAUGUCCGAAAGGACACUUGGAGAUGCCCAAAAGGACACUUGGAGACACCCAAAAGUCACUUGGAGACGUCCAAUGGGUCAUUCAGAGAUGCCCAAAGGACACUUAGAGAUGCCCAGAAGGACACUUGGAGAUGCCCGAAAGGACACUUGGAGAUGCCAAAAGGACACUUGGAGAUGCCCAGAAGGACACUUGGUGAUGCCCAAAGUGACACUUGGAGAUGCCCAAAAGGACACUUGGAGAUCCCCAAAGUGACACUUGGUGAUGCCCAAAAGGACACUUGGAGAUGCACAAAAGGUCACUUGGAGAUGCCCAAAGUGACACUUGGUGAUGCCCAAAAGGACACUUGGAGAUGCCCAAAGUGACACUUGGUGAUGCCCAAAAGGACACUUGGAGAUGCCCAAAGUGACACUUGGUGAUGCCCAAAAGGACACUUGGAGAUGCACAAAAGGUCACUUGGAGAUGCCCGAAAGGUCACUUGGAGAUGCCCAAAAGUACACUUGGAGAUGCCCAAAAGGACACUAGGAGAUGCUCAAAAGGACACUUGGAGAUGCCCAAUGUGACACUUGGUGAUGCCCAAAAGGACACUUGGAGAUGCCCAAAAGGACACUUGGAGAUGCCCAAAGGGACACUUGGAGAUGCUCAAAAGGUCACUUGGAGAUGCCCAAAAGGACACUUAUAGAUACCCAAAAGAUACCUUUAGAUGCCCAAAGGACACUUGGAACAGCUCAAAAGAACACUUGUUGAAAGAGAUGAAACACCAUGUCAAAAUAUUGUUUGAAAAAGUUUUGCUCUGUUUGUAAGAUUAUUUU